AAACGUCGUCUACUUCAGCCGUCCUCACUCUUAAAAGGUCUCACUGAUGCCAGUGCCGUCGGCGAAGAAAUGAAAGCGUGGCCGCCGGUGAAGAAGAAGAACAACAACAGCAAAUGGCGAACGCUGGAAAAUUUCUCAAUCCAAUCAAGAAAUCAAUCUCGUUGCUCUGCUCUCGUCACUCUUCUCCAAUCUCCCAAUCCCGGCAGCUAGUUCAUCGCGAAUUCGAUUCUGUAACGACAUUGAUAAAGCGACUCCGACCUUCACUAACACAGCAUAACAAGUUCUUAUCGCUACGAACAUUUGGUACUCUUAACUCAGCAGUGAGGAGAGCGAGUCUAGCAAUAGGCAUAGCUGGUGGUGCUUCAAUUGUAAUCGGCUCAGUUACCUUCUCUCCUGCGGUUGCCUACGCGAUGGAUGGUGUAGACAUUUUGAUGGACGAUGAUAGAGAGCCCUUUGAUGCCUCAGAUAGGGAUGAGUUUGCACACGCUGCUUGGAUGGUGAUUCGGAAGCUAUGGCUGCCAGUUUUCUUCGUCCUUACGAUAGUAUCGAACUGGAAUCACCCGAUCGUGCUCUUCACCAAGGGCGUGCUUCUUCUCCUUGCCACGAGGCCCAGCCCCUUGACGGUCUACCUUUUCGUUGAACAGCUGUGUAACCAGUCCAAGCGCCAAGAACCUCACUCCUUUUGGGCAAAGUCCUUGUAUGCGAGAAAGGUUGAAGUCCAAGACUACAAGUUCCUGUGUAUUGCCACAGUAGAAGUAAGGGACAGAAGGUUCACUCUGGUUGGUAUCCUUGGAGGCUGGUGGGUUUUGCCAUUGUCACCACAAGCAUUUUCAAGUUUUUGGGAGAGUGCUCUUUACUAAUUAAGACGACACGGAAUUUAAGUAAGCAACCUCUACAUAUUACACAUCUAUAUACAACCUGUAACCAUUUCAUCUUUACAGUUAUCAAUCCCAGAACAUCAUACCACAACAGACAGACCGCUUUCCUUCUUUUAGCGGUCAAGCAUGUUGCAUUCCUGAGUUUAUCAUGAUUCUGUUCUUGCUAAGAAGACUGUUGAUACUUCCAUAGCUUUUAACAUCAUGGAUUGAUGCUUUCGCCGUUAAUUUGAUUGAAGCAGGCGGUAAUCUUCAUCACCAUCGACAUCUUGAUCAGCUUUUGAGACUAACUUGCUGGUCGGAGGGAAGUAGAUGAAGGUGACAGGGAGAGAACAGACGACGAUCACGAUCCCCAUGAGAGAAAUGCUGGUUUGUGUCGUGAAUCUGGACCCGGAAAACAACAGGAGUUGAGUGAACACGGCGCCCAUGGUUCCUCCGCUGCCGGUCAUUCCUGCUAUCACCCCCAUCGACCUGCAGCCGCCGCCGAGCAUCGGCGACGGGAAGAAAAGAACAACAUUGUAAAUUGCAUUUUGUUGUUCGAGCUAUCGUAAGGUGGGCUAGCUGCUAAACAAAUAAUUUGGGCUACGGGGUGGGCCUAUGUGGAUUCAAGAAACUUGGUGGGCCGACUUCUUUAUGGGGCUCAACGAGCAACUUGGCUACGUCAUCAUCAUAUUCUGCAUGUAUGAAACGUGGCACGAAAGAUAGCCAUGCAAACAAGGCGACAACUACGUGGACUGAGGAGUGAGGAUCAACUCCAACCGCAGAAAGCAACCACUAAAUUACCGUUCACCAUCGAAAGACGUUCACCCUCUCACCGCAGUAAAAACAGUCAACAAAGGUAAUGAAAGCCCUUCCUGUUUUUAACUUGCUUACCUCUUGGAGACGAAAGGCACGACGCCAAACACGAGCCCGGAGGCAGCCUGAACCGCGACGGAAAACGCGCACAUAACCGCCACCGAUCCCCACAGCGCGCGUUGCCGCCCUCCCCAGCGCAAAGCAGAUCCCUCCGGCCGCCGUCAGCGCGGCCCACAAGGCCCAAACCCUCCCUCUCUCACCAAACCUCUUCCCCAUAGCAUCCGACGCCACUCCGCCCAUCGGCCGGGCGAAAAAAUUCGUCAGAGAAAAUGCCGCGGCGAUCGUACCAGCCGCCCGGAGAUCCAACCCGAACCGAUCGUAGAAGUAGCCCGCCACCACGUUGUCCGUCGUCAGCUCCGACCCGAAGGAACACGCGUACGCCAAUCCCAAAAUCCACCCUCUGUAAUCCCCCAGCCCGUACCUCACCACAACGCCCCAAAACGACGCCGUUUCAGUUUCCAAUUUUGCCGAUUCCGUCGUCAAUGCACGGUCACGGCCGCGGCCGUAGACAAGGACGAGCGCCGCCAUGACGAGUUGGAAGAUUCCGGGGAUUAAGAAGGAUAGCCGCCACGCGGAGGAGGAGGAGAGUUUCAGGGAGAGGAGGAGGGAGUGGAUUUGGGGCAUGAGGAAUUGGGCGGCGGCGGCGCCGGUGUUGGCCCAGCCGGCGGAGACGCCGUUGGCGAGGCCGACGACGGAGGGAGAAAAGAUGGAUGUCAUCCAGUACUGAUUCGCGACGAAGUUGCCGAGGGAGAGGCCGACGAGGAGCCGGACCACGAGGAAGGAGGCCGGGGAGGAGACGAAGGCGGCGGAGAGGAUGGCGGGCGCGGUGAGGAAGGAUAAAGAGGCGGAAGCGGUGGCUGGGCCGAGGAGGUGGGAUAAGGGUCCCAUGGCGAAGCGGGAGAGGAUGGAGCCGGCGAAGGAGGCGGUGGCCGCGGCGGAGACGUCGGAGGGGGUUAGAGCGAGGUCGGAGCGGAUCAAGGGGAUGAGAGGGGGGAUGGAGAAGGUGGAGACGAAGUUGGAGAAGAGGGAGAGCCAUGCGAGGUGGAAGGCUCGGAUCUGCGGGGUUGAGGUGGAGAAGGGGUGGAAUUCGGCGGAUUUUCCUUCCUUGUCGGUGGCGGCGGCGGCCGGAAGGGAGGAGGCGGUGGAGGUUGGUUCUUCCAUGAUAGUGACUGGAGUGGAGGGCAACUACAAGUGAUCAGAGACCAUGUAAACUUUUCGUUAGUAUGCAGUUUCAAGUGGACUACAAUGAGCUGCGCAGCCUUCUUUCUUAAUGGUUGUGUGUAUGGUAGGCUGGUAGUUACGUGACGGGACUGGGAGGAUUGGUGGUUUUCCAUGGCGGGCGAAUGGGAAAAGAAUGAAGUGGGAGAGUGGAGAGAUGUGAAAGAGAGGAGAAAGCAACGGUGGUGGUUAUACAUAGGUCAUGAACUGUCGUCGUUUUACAGUAAUAAGUUGCAACCAUA